AUGCGUCGUAACUCAGCAUCAGAAGGUCUCCUUCGCAGACAAAAGCUCAAUGCGCAUACCUGCGCCGUGCUUGCUGUAUUGGGCUUUGGUUCUAUAACAUAUGGCUACACGGCAAGUAUUAUUGGAACUACGUUGGGCCAACCAUCCUUCAUUGAAUACUUUGACCUUGCAACCCGUUCCGAUGGAACCGACUUGAUAUCCACCAUGAAUGGCCUUUUCCAGACGGGAGGUGUGAUUGGAACAUUACUACUCCCGACGGUCGCGGACAAAUGGGGUCGCAAAUGGGCCUGCGCUGUGUCGUCCAUUCUUGCCAUCGUGUCGGGUGCUAUCAUGGCCGGCAGUGUGAAUGUAGGCAUGUUCAUCGCCUUUCGAUUUGUGGCCGGUGCUGCUGCUUUCAUGAUCCUCGCGGCGGUGCCCAUCCUGAUGAACGAAAUUGUCCCGGUCCACAUGCGCGGUGCUCUUGUGGACGUUCACGGAGUCAUGCUCGUGCUCGGCUAUACAAUUCAAGGCUGGGUUGGAUUUGGCUUCUACUUCUGGAAGGAUGGAGGCUCGAAUACUUGGAGGCCUCCCAUCGCAAUUCAGUGCUUCUGGCCACUGUGCCUGUUGGUUGGUCUGUAUUUCGUCCCUGAGUCGCCACGAUGGUUGGUUAUGAAUGGACGUGAUGCGGAAGCUGAGGCUGUCCUGUUCAAGUUCCAUGCUGAUCCCAGCGAUCCCGAAAACACGGCUGCGAAGGCCGAGUUCUUCCAGAUCCAGAAGCAGCUCGCGAUUGACCGAACCCUGGGUAACUCGUGGUUGCACAUCAUGAAGAAGCCGUCGUACCGCAAACGGGCGCUGCUGGCCCUCGGGACUACUGGCAUCAUCCAGUGUUCUGGCGUCUUGGUCAUCAACAACUAUGGUCCCUCGCUGUACGCAUCCCUCGAUUUCUCGCAGGUUAAACAACUCCUCUACCCGGCUGCCUGGCUCACAUUUGCCCUGGGCAUGAACGUCAUGGGCAUGCUGGUGGUAGACCGCUUCCCCCGGAACAAGUUCAUCUCCUUUGGAGUUCUGGGUUGCAUGGCCAGCUUGAUUGUGGAAGCCGCACUAGUCGCCAACUUUGUGCCGUCCAACAACAAGUCUGCGCUGUCGGCGGCAGUGGCCAUGUUCUUCAUCUUCCAGGUCUUCUACGGAUUGUGUCUCGAUGGGACGCAGUUUUCGUACCUGGGGGAAAUCUUCCCAACCCACUUGCGAGCCAAAGGUGUCUGUCUUGGUGUCUCGAUGAUCUCGUUGAUGAACAUCAUUUGGCUACAAAGCGCCCCUACCGCCUUCGAGAAUAUAGGCUGGAAAUUCUAUCUCUGCUUCAUUAUACCAGGCACACUUGGAGGGCUUGCCAUCUGGUUCUUCUUCCCAGACACCAACGGCCUGCCGUUGGAGGAAGUUGCCGCUAUCUUUGGCGAUGCGGAUGAGGUGGCCAUCUAUCAACGGGACCUCGAGGUCGACUUCGCAGCACAUGCACCAAAUGGCGUCAAAGGGGGUGAGACGACGCACUAUGAGGCUGAUUCGUCUCCUGCCAGCGAGAAAGUCGAAGGUUGA